AUGGGCAAGAUUCCAGAGCUUUCUUCCUCCCUCAGCCAAGCUCAGCAGGUCAAUUCGAAGACCAAAUCAGGUCUCGAAAGCCGAAUCGACCGGAGAACAUGUCGAAGUCGCCAGGUCUGGUGCCGACUACCGUCGAAUUACCUCAAGGGUCAAGCAUGCGGUAUAUCGACAGAAGAGACGCCAGAGCCUCGAGACGAGUUUCCUAGUACACCUGCCGAGAUGGUCCAAGCUCAAUCCCGCGGCGGCGUGGUGGGUGGAGCUCCGAGCAUCAACACGCCGAAGCCAGCCAAUUCCCUGCCGACAACCGCUGUCCCCUUCCACGUCGCUGCCAUGCUCUCUGGAAUUCUCAUCUUCAACCAAAAGGGUGAGAACCUCAUCUUUCGCGCCUUCCGCAACGACUGCCGCCCGCGACUUGCCGAUGUCUUCCGCAUUCAGGUCAUCUCCAACGCCCAAGUACGCUCGCCCAUCCUCACCCUUGGCUCCACCACCUUUAGCCAUGUCAAACACGAGAACAUAUACCUGGUCGCCGUGACCAAGAGCAAUGCCAAUGCGGCGCUCGUAUUUGAGUUUCUGUACCGCUUGGUGGGAUUGGGAAAGGCUUACUUCGGCAAGUUCGACGAGGAGGCCGUCAAGAACAACUUCGUACUGGUCUAUGAGCUACUGGACGAGAUUCUGGAUUUUGGAUACCCACAGAAUACAGAGACAGACACGUUGAAGAUGUACAUUACAACUGAAGGUGUCAAGUCGGAAAGGGCAAUGGAGGACUCCUCGAAGAUCACAAUGCAAGCAACUGGUGCCCUUUCCUGGCGGCGGGCCGAUAUCAAGUACCGCAAGAACGAAGCCUUCGUCGAUGUCAUCGAGGACGUCAACCUGCUCAUGUCUGCGACCGGAACGGUACUGCGAGCCGACGUGAACGGACAGAUCAUAAUGCGCGCAUAUCUCUCGGGCACACCCGAGUGCAAGUUCGGCCUCAACGACCGACUAACGCUGGGCGAAGAUCACCUACAACAACCGUCUGGAAACAAGGCAGGCGCGAAGGCUACAAGGGCGGCAGCGGGAAGUGUGACGUUGGAAGACUGUCAAUUCCACCAAUGCGUGAAGCUGGGCAAGUUCGAUGCGGACAGGAUAAUAUCCUUUGUUCCGCCCGACGGCGAGUUCGAGCUGAUGCGCUACCGAGCGACUGAGAACGUGAACCUGCCUUUCAAGGUGCACGCCAUUGUCAACGAGGUUGGCAAGACAAAGGUUGAAUACAGCAUCGCCAUUCGCGCCAACUAUGGCUCCAAACUUUUUGCGACAAACGUUGUCGUGCGGAUACCAACACCCCUCAACACGGCGCGCAUCACCGAGCGGACAUCACAAGGCAAAGCCAAGUACGAGCCGGAGCACAACAACAUCGUCUGGAAGAUACCGAGAUUCACAGGGCAAAGCGAGUUUGUGCUGAGUGCCGAGGCCAGCCUGACCAGCAUGACCAACCAGAAGGCGUGGUCCCGACCACCGCUCAAUCUGAGCUUCUCGUUGUUGAUGUUCACGAGUUCGGGGCUACUUGUGCGAUACCUGAAGGUGUUUGAGAAGAGCAACUACAGCAGUGUAAAGUGGGUGCGCUACAUGACGAGAGCGGGUAAUUAUGAAAUAAGACACCGGCACAUUCACAAGACAACUCUAUUGUUCUUCCAAUUUUUGAACAAGCGUUACUGUCGCUCCUCUAUGGAGGGUGUGGCUGCCUUCUCGUUGGCGUGCAAUGUUAUACAAAUUGCCGAACUCUCUCGAAAGAUCAUCGCAACCGCGAAGGAGAUCCAAACUUCUCGCAACGGCUUACCCAAAGACCACGAAGAUCUACGUGCAGCUGUGGAGAUCCUACGUCGAGAUGUUGCGGACCUGCAGCAAAAUUACAACGGCGAUAUCCUCCAGAGUCUUGCUGUUCAAAGCGAGGUCGCUAUAAACGAGCACAUAGCCCUCUUGGAUUCGCUUCGACUGGAAGGACCCCGAACCUUCCUUCGUGCCUCGGCUGUAGCCUUCAAAGCACGGCGCAAGCAGCGCCAGCUGUACGAGUCUCAGGCGAAAGUUGACCGACUAUCGGAAGAGCUCAAGACACACAUUGUCAUGACCCGUAUCCCGAACAUAGAUCGCAAUGUGGAUUACCUUGGCGAUAAAUUAGCGUCACACAAUCUCUCGAUAGAUCAUGAUAUGAAGAUCAUCGAGCAGCACCUGAACAGGGUUCAUAAAGUAACUGAAAAUAACUCGAACACCGCGAAUGCUACAUCAGAGCUCGUUAGAGAGUUACAGCGAUGGCUCAAAGAUCAACAAGGAGCCCAGGCGAAUAGGCAGUGUCUAUACUCACUCUACUUCCCAGAAAUCCGGAGUAGAGCCGAUCAAGUAAAGCGAGCGCAUGAGGACACGUUUGGUUGGAUAUUCGAUGGGGCUGGUGACCUAUCUGAAUCUAUUCACAAGAGCAAGUUCAAGAAAUGGUUACGGCUGGACGAUCCUAGCAGAAACGUGUUUUGGGUGUACGGAAAACCUGGCGCUGGGAAGAGUACUUUGAUCAAGUUCAUUGCUACUCACCCGGAUAUGAGAUUGCACUGUCAAUCCUGGCUGGGAUCGCGCUCAUUGCUUGUCAUCGACUGUUACCUCUGGAGGCAAGGAACGAUUCUGCAACGAUCAUUCAGGGGAGUUUUGCAAUCAAUACUCUACCAGGCUCUUAAGGAAUGUCCUCAGCUCAUUCCAAAAGUCUUCCCCCGACGCGAAUGGACGCACGCCGGAACAGAUUUUCGAUUUCCACAGGACAUUCUGUGGAGCAGUUUUCAGGAUCUUUUGAACUUGGCGCCGAGCUUCAACAUCUUCCUGUUGUUCAUCAUCGAUGGUCUCGACGAAUUUGACGACCGUGUAGAGGUACUCAACAGUUCGGCACCGGAUGUACAGGACUUGCUACGUCUGCUUCGCGCUAUACAGGCAUGUCCCUCAGCAAAGCUUUGCGUGGCUAGUCGGCCCCUAAAUGAGUUUGAGAUUCAUUUGGGAAAGGAUAGAGACUUCUGCAUACCCGUACACGACUUGACCUCAAGAGACAUCAAAACGUAUACCGAAGAUACACUGAGCAAACACCCUGCGUUUGCGCAACUCGUAUUACAGGAUCCCGGCUAUUCAACCCUCAUCGCAGAUAUCACCUCCGCUGCAGAAGGAGUUUUCCUAUGGGUCUACCUCGCAUGCAAUUCUUUGUUUAACGGAUUGACUAACGCGGACCGGGUUUCUGACCUCCAAGGGCGGCUGAUGCGUCUUCCCCGCGAAUUGGAUGAAAUGUACAUGCAUAUACUGUCGACUAUUGAGCCUGAGUAUCGCAGAAACACCGCCCGCUCACUCUUACUAUGUACAAUGCCCGAACAGCAGACACUCCUUACACACCAUUACUUGGACGAUGAAAGUCGCAAACAGAUAUUAGAUGCCCCGAGCCUUCAACAGUUCAUGAACGGUGAAGACAUGGUAUUGUUUGCGGCCACAGUUCGCAGAAGAUUCCACGCGCGCAGUAGAGGGCUGUUAGAAUUCAGGGCCCGAUGGGACCAUCAGAGCGAUGAGUUUCAUGGAGUUCAGCACGAGAUGUCAAAGCUGAGAAACGAAUGUGUUGGACUAGCACACAGAUCUAUGGCAGAACUCCUUGACAGAAAUGAUAUGAGACACCAGAUCAUGACCGAAGCCGGUAUGGCAUUCGAAAUGCCUGAGCUUUAUGCCCAAGCAUUGAUGGCCACUCUCAAGGCACAGGUAUCUAUCGCAUGGACGCUUGAUUCGAUUCAAGAUAGCGGCAUUCACUUCGGGAAGAAAGAUCUGUAUGAUGUGGAAAGAAAUAUCUGCGCUCUACUGCACAAGUUAGUGCCAAUUGUGGAACAGGCAGAGGAAGAGCAGAUGAAAGCACACUGGUCCAAACUUGACGAUUUCCUCAACUUCCCACCCACACAGGAGUUGAAUCUCCAGGCUAUCAUCAUGAACUCUGUCUCUAAAGAGCUUGUUCCCGACAUUUUCGCCGUGGCUGUCGCCUAUCGCGCACCCAAGUAUUAUCUCUACUCUGGAGUUACUCGAUGGACCCGUCAACGUCUCGACUUUACCAAGUGA